GUGGGGAGGGGUAACUGAGACAUUUCAAACCUAUGUACUCCAAAAUCCAAAUCAAUGAAAUCAGCUUUGAAAUCUUCUCCCCAUGUAGUAAACCAUCCAUUGUACACCCAAAUUUCCUUCCCUUCUUCCUUCUUUUUCAUACAGAUUAGGUGUAGCAUUUUUCACUGUUCCUUUGAAUCCCUUCUUCAUCCAAAAUCUUGGCUUAGAGAUUUCAAAGGGCCUUAAGAUCAUGUCCAUCUUAAGCAAGAGUCCAAGCAGCAACAUGGGUUCUUCUCCUUUCUUCCAUGAAUUCAAGAAACAAGCUUCUUUCUUCCUCAAGGAGAAGAUCAAAACAGCUCGUUUAGCUUUAACUGAUGUCACCCCUGCUCAGCUGUUGACUGAAGAAGCUACGAAUGGGAAUCCAUGGGCACCAAACACCCAGACUCUUGGUUCCAUCUCAAGGGCUGCUUUUGAAUUAGAUGAUUAUUGGAGGAUCGUGGAGAUUUUACAUAACAAAUUGGGCAAAUUUGAAAGAAAGACAUGGAGAACCUCUUACAAUUCUCUGAUAGUGCUUGAACAUUUGUUGACUCAUGGACCAGAGAGUACGGCAGAGGAGUUCCAGGAUGAUAAAGAUGCCGUCUUAAAGAUGCAAAGCUUUCAAUAUGUAGACGAGAAAGGAUUCAAUUGGGGAUUAGCUGUUAGAAAGAAAUCAGAAAGAGUAAUGAAGCUGCUUGAGAAAGGGCCUGUUUUGAAAGAAGAGAGGAACCGAGCUCGGAAGCUAACAAGAGGGAUCCAAGGCUUUGGCAGUUUCUCCCAAAGGUCUUCUUCUUCUUCUUCAACACAACAAGCCAUUUUGCAAGAAUCGUCCAAUGCAACAUAUGGAAGGAGCAACUCUGAUUUUAACGACCACGAAAACCAAGAAAAUCAGCUUCCCCCUAUGAAUAAAGUCGAUAAAUCAGAGUUGAGCAAGAGUUUCAGUAAAGGACAUAAUUUGCCUGAGAAGCCUAAAGUUGAAACAGGUUUCAAAGAAAACAUGGUUCCUUUGAAGGAAGAAGUUCAUAACUGGACUGCAACUGCGGAGUGUAAUCCACUUUUGGGGAGUGAAAACAAUGAACCCAAGCCACCAAUCACCAUAGAAGGUGAUCACCCUUUCAACAACAAUGGGAAUCAAGCUUCUUCACCGAUGCUUCGAUGUUGAGAGGUACACUAUGCAGAUUCUGUUCUUAUUAUACACUCUUUGAGUGCUAUCUUUUAAGCAGCUAUAUGGUGUUUUGAGCAUCUUAUGCGCAAGUAAAAAACUUAAUUACUUGUUCUUAGAUUAUAUAUAUAUAUAUAUAAACUGAAAUUUGUAUGUUUAUUAGUUCAUCAAAUCUACUUGACAAGAAUGUCUGUGGUAUGUAGAGAUUAAA